AUGCACCAAAACCCCCGGUCACCGGCAGGGCCACCGGCGGCGCCGGCGCCCAAGCUCCCCUCCAAACUCCACCCGCCUCGCAACGACCUCAGAGACCAAGAAUCGACCCCAGCAUCCCCAACCGCCUAUAUGCGAACAAAUCAGACCAAGGGCUUAGGAAUAGAAGCUGGAGAAGGCUUCUCUGAGCCGACUAGGGCGAUGGCUCCUGGGCAAGAAGCUCUGGCCAAGCUGAAUCAGAUCAUAUCGAAUUAUCACACCAAAGCGGCUUUGAUUAUUCUCCACUCCCGGGUUGAACUGCCCCGGUCCUACAACAAAGGUUCGCAUUCACCUAGGGUGAACCGAUGGUUUAACGUUGAACUGGACGAAACCGACGUUUUGCGAGAAACGCUGCAAGUCUGGCGAACCUGUGACGCCACAGAUCACCGACCACCACCCCUCAUAAUCGAGACCUUCAUAGACACGAGGGGCCUCACGAAUAACGAAAGUCUGGUGAUAUUGGAUGACAACGGGAAGCGUUGGGAUGUGCAGGAAUCCCUUGCGGCGUCACCAAUACUGGGCUCGAAGCAGUCAGGAUCUGAGGAGGUCAUUCUGGAGCGAUGGAAAAUCGAGCUGGGAGCCUCCUCCGGCAGACCUCCGGCCGAUCUGGGCUCCAUUUUGCCGACGGUGUAUAAGAAAAGCAUUGUUCUUUUCCGAUCGUUAUUCACAUACUCCAAGUUUCUACCCGCUUGGAAGUUUUCUAGGGGCAACUCGAAGGCACGGAGAAGCCCCGCACUGCAGAUUAGGUAUCGUGUGGUAGAUGGGAGUUCUCGAUCCGAAGCGUCUCUGGAUAACUUGACAGCUCCGUUGUUUCAGGGAGAGAGCAAAGUGGUUGAUACAUACAACUUCGGUGUCACAGAAUCUCCGGCGGGACCCUUCUCGGUAGAGGUCUCAUACCGAACUAAUUGUGAUUUCCGAAUUGAUGAUUCUGAGGCUCUGCUAAGCUCUCGCUUUAUGGGUGCUGAUGAUGAGAUCUUCCGUCCUUCAUUACCCAAGGAUGAUACAAGUCGGGCUAAUCCUGAAGUUGGGUCGGUGCCAGUGGAAAGAAGAACAAUCGAGAAUCCAGACCGUUCGCGGGCGUAUGGGAGUCUAUCAACAUUUCAUCAAGUCGGUCCAGCCACUGGUGGGAGUCCUAUUUCAGCUUUGCGUGCUGCUCGGGAUGCUGGCGCCGGUUCUCCUUCACCAACAGAUUCAUCUUACAAGAAGUUGUUGCCUUCUGCAAAAAUCGGGGCGACAGGACGAGCAAGCAAACUUGCAAGUGAGGGUGGCAGCUCGAACAUCACGCGGCGCCCCUCCGUUUCUUUCCCCCAUUUUAAAGCAGGCUCUCUAUCUGAUUCCCCUGCGUUGAUCGAUACUCCUUUGGGCGUGUCUCCUCGCACCACUUCCGCAAGAGGCUCAACAGGAACAUCCGUCGAUUCUCGAAUAAUGCCACCUCCUUCUUCUGCGGCCUCAGCACGACGACCCCCUUCUCUAAUGACCGACCAAGCGAUACCUUCAUCUACUUCGGCCUCCCCGAAGCCUGCACCGCUCUCUAGAUUCAGUAGUUCAUUCAGUCACCGGCGAAGUCGCCCAUCUUUCGGAGGCACCAACAAGAUGGAAGAUGAAACCUCCAGUGGGAAGGCAAGCGCGACAUCCUCCAACGUCCAACCGGGCUCUGGUCUGCUUGCAGAAGUUACUGGAACAAGUGCAGAAUCGAUUCACGCAGACGAUGAAAACAUCUCUGAUUUCCUCAAGUUCCUUGACCAGGAGAAGGAUCUAAUGCGUCGUCCACCUAGCACUGCCUCUCAGGUGUCUAGUCCACGGAAACCCACAGCCGCUUCUACUUCCCUUGCUCGCUUCCAACAGAUGCGUGAAUCGAAUGCUGUGCUAUCGGAUUCAAUGUCAGCUUCGGUGCAGCUUCAGCGUUCGUCUAUCUCCUCGAGCAAACAACUCUCUGGAGUCCCACCCAUGGUUGCUGGUACUUCCAUCUCUACUGCUUCAUCUCCUGGAAAGCCAAUCUCUCCCCACACACCACACACUCCUGCAAUUCGAUCCCGCCUGAGCUCUAACAGUGUGGUCGAUGAUCUCAACCCUGAGCACGACCGAAGAAUGCCACGCAUUGCAGAUGACGGCCAUGACUCCCCGCUUGAGGAGAAUUCUAGCGUGGACACAACAGCACGAGCGUCGUCUACAGCAGCUGCGAUUGAUAUCCCCACCUCCCCGCGACCUUUCGCGCCAGCCUUUCGCCGUUCAAGCUCUGCUGCUCAGCGCCGACGACCGCCUCCUGCUGAUGAAGAUGAUAUCUUCUCAUUCGGCAUGCGAAGUGUCAGCCUUGGGCCUGAAGAGCGCUCGCAUCUCAGACGCCAGAAUGACCAAGAAACCGCGGAUGCGAACACCUUGCUCGAGCCUGGCUCACUGAAUCUGUCCUUGGAAGAUCCCAGUGCACGAACUGCAGCUGCAGCUGCAACAGCGCAGAACCGGGACGGCGAGGCAAUUCGAAGCCAGACUGUCUCUGUUCCCCCCGCAACAUCCGCAUCGUCUAUUUCCCACGUUUAUCAACCUCGUUUUCCUCCUCGUGGCCGAGGUUCUUCCGGUGGUCCUCAUUCGCUGAGCUCCGCAUCCAGCAGUCUUGCACGUGGAAGCACGCUCCCACAAUAUCUGACCGAGCGGGAGGACCGCGACGGCAACGCCAGUGGCAGCAACAGCGGCAACUCAACUAUGGAAAUCAGACGUAGCUCCUACCAACGCCGUCCACCGCCAUCCCAAUUUGAGGAUGAUGAGCCAUUGCUGUUCGCUAUGAGCGAUUUCGGUGCCUCUCGUCGUAGCUUGGAAGAGAACCGACAUGGCAAUCACGGAGGAGCUGACUCUAGUGCUGGUUCUCGACGUGGCAGUGCCAGACGAGGAGCUGGGCCUCCUAGCUGGAACUAG